AUGUCUCAUAGCUUCUCUCCCGAAAUCCUGUCCUCCUCCUCAUAUCCAGUUCCCGACCGGCCCACGGAGAAAGGGGCGAUGGACGGAGCAGCCAAUUCAGACGUGCUCUUAGGAGGCCUCACACUGAAAAACCAGGAAGCUUUCGCUGAAGCCGAACGAGCCAAAGCAAAAAAGAACAGCAGUCGCACAUCAGCUCGAAAGAGAGGCCGUCCACGUUUGUUAAAUAAGGAUGACAAUGCUGCCGAGCGCCGAAGAACACAAAUACGCCUUGCCCAACGCGCUUACCGAUCGCGCAAAGAGGCGACCAUCUCAUCCUUGAAUGACCGGGUGUCUGAAAUCGACUCUGCCGUCGAGAGCAUGGCCCGGUCAUUCGCUUCAUUUCACGACAAGCUGAUAAACUCAGAACUGUUAGAAUCGCAUCCCGAUUUACUGCGUAGUCUACGUGGUGUCGCUGGGAAGACGGUUUCCCUAGCUCAGCUAUCUAAAAGAGAGGCCAUUUUCUCGGGCGAAAUGUCCAGGGAAGAGGCGGAACACGGAGAUUCCAUGGAUGAAACCCAAUUAGUCUCUGGUUUUGGACAACACAGCACUGCCAGUCAAAACUCACACAUCACUGAAGAGGGUGUGCUCGAAUAUCUAGCUUCAUAUGCUGCAACUGAUACUUCUUCCCGAAGCAAACCUUCGAACAAGGUCAAAGGAUCUCAUGUUCCUAUUUUCCCCACUCACACAUUCAAUCAUACCCAGCUUUCACCCACUCCUCACAUCUCCAUAAACUCAUUCGCACACCGAUUGCAACGUAUCUGCUGGGAGCGCGGCUACCAGCUACUGCUAGACCCGUUUGCAGAUCCCGAGACUUUAUUCCGCGCUUUUCGCUUUUCUUUUGGAUCAACCAGUCGUGAACGUCUGCUAUAUCGUUUUUACAGAGCUCUGAACCGGGGCAGCUACAGUGGACCUGAUUUCCGCGACAGCUAUUCAGGGAUACACAGAACCCCGUCUGGCGAUCUUGUGCCUCCUCAAAUCCCCAAAUCGGCCGGAUCAUGGCCAUUGCAACUGGCAGAGACCCUUUACUCACGACGCAGCGUCGACGGCCGUUUAGAAUACCCCGGGUUCGACGGCGAAUGGCUUGACGCCAAUGACGUUGAAGACUUUUUACGCGAGCAAGGCAUUGCCGUCGAUGCGCGUUCUUCCUUUGUAGAAAUAUCAAACCUACAUUCCGACCUGUUCCAGAAGAUGAUGAUAAAUGGAUCAUUUCAAGAAACAGUCAUUCCCGAGAAUUACGGCGCAACUUCUACGUCUCAUCAAGAACAACAAAGAGAUGUGAUUGACCCACGCAUCUUUGCUGCAUCAUCAAAUUCCUCUUCUCUCUUUUCGUCGGAUGCGAGCGCGAUUAUAUCCAUGGAUGGUAGUAGCUCUUUUCCGACGCCUGGCGGUGGAUCAUCAACUCAGCUAUCGAAUCCAGAAAUCAUGCCGUCGAUAAUGCCAGAGAAUGGUAUGAACUCGGGUUUUACUAAUGGCUUUGACAAUAUUUCUCUGACUUUUGACGUCAAACGCUUCAUAGACCGACUUGUGAUGAAGGCGGUAUGCCUGGGGUGGACACCGGGAUAUCGUAAAGCAGACGUCGAGGAAUCGUUGUAUCAUGCUGUCCGAUUCAUAAUUUGA